AUGCCUCUCUUCGUCCUGUCUCCCGCCUCUUUGGCCCACUCGGCCCUCUUCGCUGGCUAUUACAGGUGAGGUGCCGAAUCGAUCUCAGAAAAAAUGCAGAUCGACACCCCAGGCGCACAGUGCGGGCAGAAGACGUUCCCUUCAAUGCUUCGAGUUCGCUUUGGCUGACACGAUCACACUACCCUCUCACACAGCUACCUCACAACCAACGUGGUCGCUGUGAGUCAUCGGGGAAGGAGUGACGCAGCUCAAUCUCCUCAAUGUGCUGAUUUCGCUCCUCCCUCGCGUGCUGUAGCUGCGACUCAAGACUGGUGUCUUCAUUGGCCAAGGCGAGGCUGGAUCUGUGAGUGUUGCUCCAGAGUGGAACCUAAAUCAGCAUCGAGGUGUCACGAAGCGCUUCGCUCUAGGCGAGGAUGAAGAUGCAUUCUUGACAAGGGGCAACGCGUCGAGAGGCUUCCAUCUAGCUGCACGGGAACAACUCGGCUCACCAUCCCUCGACUCUUCACAGGUCCGCGACCCUGCACACAAGGCGUCCGCCUCUGAUGCCCAAGACGAGGAGAACUUGAAGCGCGCCGUUCGAUCUGCUGGAAACUUUGCCGAGCACACUCCAUUUGCCUUUUUCCUCAUCUUCCUCUCCGAACUCAACGGUGCCCCAACCGCUGUGGUCCACGCUGCUUACAGCACCCUGUUCUUGGCUCGCGUGGCUCACGAUGCGGGAAUCAAGGCGCCAAACGCAGUCGGCCUUGGACGUCCGAUCGGUUUUGUGGCCACUGCUCUGCUGACCGUCAGCGCAGGUCUUUACAACGUGAGUAGAGAGACUUAGCAAUGGCAGUAUGGAGGACGAGGGAAGAGUGUUCGUGGGCCGGUACAUCUGCAAGGCGGUGACAUGCGGAUUCGAAAAGCUGACUGCCUGUCUUCAUUUCCCGCUCGCAAACAGCUGUCGCUUGGAUGGGAGCCUCUCAAGUCUUUCGCCGGUCUCAAGUAA